GCAUAAGCGACCGCCGUGGAAGUAAACAAAGUCCCGUGGAAGGGGUUUCAUUACACAACUAUUUUAGGGUCGAUUAGGAUGUCAUUAUAACCACAGACACUUCAGGAUGGCGUUUUCCUUGAGGCUGGCAGGCAGGUGCAUAUCUGGAGUGGCGAGAUGUGGACUCCACCCCGGUUUUAAUGGAAUAAAGGUGGCUUCCCUUGCCCCCGUCUGCAGGCCCAACGGAGUGAAUAUUCCUGCUAUUGACCAGCGCCGUCACUAUGCCAUGCGUCUGGAACUCACUGAACAUGGCAUUGUGUGGAGGAGACCAAACUACGUUCCCUCGUGGCAGCCUGAGAAAUCAGGAGAUCUGGAGGGCGUCAAGGAACCGGACUUAUCCACGCCAAAUCUGAAGGUGCAGCCGGCGAAGGAUGUGCUUGACCAAGUUGACGAAGUGACAAGAAGACUGCUGUCCAUUGAAUUCAGCAGCCAUAAAGAGAACGUGAAAGUCCAGCGGCAGGAACUCUGCAAGAAAAUCCAGCGACACCAACAUGAUACUGGUUCUAUGGAAGUGGCAAUUGCAAUGAUGACUAUAAAAAUUCGGAACCUUCAAAAGGAAGUGUUCAAAUGCAAGAAGAAUAUCUUGCAGAGGUGUUAUCUGCAGGAACUGAUCGACCGUCGCAAAAAAAUGCUGAAGCACUUGCGCAGAAUGGACUACAAGCGCUUUGAGUGGCUGAUUGGAGAACUAAAUAUUAUUUAUCGGCCAGCCCCAAGGUACUACCGAUGGAUCACGAGAAAGGCCUCACUGAAGAAGCUGGUCCGUAUGCGCAAGAGAGAGAUCAUCCACAAGAAACUCAACGAAUAUAAGGAGAGUCUGGAGUGCCAGAAGGAGCCAUUCCUCAAGGAGAAGGCAGAGACCUUGAAGUGGAUUGCCGAGACUGAGAAAAGCCUCGGACUCCCUGUUAGUGUGACCGUACCCGAGGCGGCUUCGUCUUCUGCAUAAUGGGAACGGGGAUGAUGGCUUUUGGCUGAGGAAACCACUAUACACGAAAUAGGUUUAUUGAAAGAGGAGAUAACAGUUUUGAAAAUCAAUCUGGAUUUCAUCCUCAUGUCAGAAAGAUGAAAAUCAUAUGGACUGUAAAACUAUCUCAUCUUUCACUAAACUAAAGCAAUUUUUUCUUCCUAAUGGCAUGGUGGAAUGUGUUGUCAGUCAAGGUGGUUUCUGUUGUAUAUUGUGUUAUAUAGUAAAAUGUUUUUUGUUUAAAAAGAAUGAUAUGGAAACAAAGAGUUCUCCGUAAGUAAUAAAGCUUAUAUACACAU